AUGUCGGGUUCCUACGACGAGUCGGCAGCAGCCGCCGAGGAGACGACCGACAGCUUCUGGGAGGUGGGGAACUACAAGCGCACGGUGAAGCGGAUUGAUGAUGGACACCGGCUCUGCAAUGACCUCAUGAACUGUGUGCACGAGAGGGCCAAGAUUGAGAAGUCCUACGCCCAGCAGCUCACUGACUGGUCCAAGAGGUGGAGGCAGCUCAUUGAGAAAGGCCCCCAGUAUGGCAGCCUGGAGAGGGCGUGGGGUGCCAUCAUGACGGAGGCAGACAAGGUGAGCGAGCUGCACCAGGACGUGAAGAACAGCCUGCUGAAUGAUGACUUUGAGAAGGUGAAGAACUGGCAGAAGGACGCCUACCACAAGCAGAUCAUGGGGGGCUUCAAGGAGGCCAAGGAGGCUGAGGAUGGCUUCCGGAAAGCGCAGAAGCCCUGGGCCAAGAAGCUCAAGGAGCUGGAGACAGCCAAGAAAGCCUACCACCUGGCCUGCAAGGAGGAGAAGCUGGCAAUGACCCGGGAAGCCAACAGCAAAGCAGACCAGUCCAACACCCCCGAGCAGCAGAAGAAGCUCCAGGACAAAGUGGAAAAGUGCAAGCAGGAUGUGCAAAAGACUCAGGAGAAGUACGAGAAGGUUCUGGAUGAGCUGAACAAGUGCACCCCACAGUACAUGGAGAGCAUGGAGCAGGUCUUUGAGCAGUGCCAGCAGUUUGAGGAGAAGAGGCUCAACUUCCUCAAGGAGGUGCUCCUGGAUAUCAAGAGGCACCUGAACCUGGCUGAGAGCAGCAGCUACGCCAACGUCUACCGGGAGCUGGAGCAGACCAUCCGCCUCUCAGAUGCUCAGGAGGAUCUCCGGUGGUUCCGCAGCACCAGUGGCCCUGGCAUGCCCAUGAACUGGCCCCAGUUUGAGGAGUGGAACCCAGACCUGACGCAUACGAUAACGCGCAAGGAGAAGAUGAAGAAGGGUGAAGGGGUGACUCUGACCAAUGCCAGCAGCACGGGAGAGAGCGGGGCAUCAGCAGGAGAGCGCGGGAGUGCUGUUAGCUGGAGAACUGCUUGCUGCAGCUUGGGAAGCCCCCCGGAUCGGGGUGCCCGCCCAUCCCAAAUCUCCUCUCCCUCUCACCCCAGCGUCAGCAGCCACGACCGCGGGCAGACCUACAGCGCCGAGUGGUCCGACGAUGAGGGCAGCAACUCCUUCAAUGCCAGCGAGGCCAAUGGUGGAACCAACCCCUUUGAUGAGGACUCAGCAGGGAAAGGCGUGCGGGUGCGGGCACUGUACGACUACGAUGGGCAAGAGCAGGACGAGCUCAGCUUCAAAGCAGGGGACGAGCUAACCAAGCUGGGUGAAGAAGACGAGCAGGGAUGGUGCAAAGGGCGCUUGGACAACGGGCAGCUGGGGCUGUACCCUGCCAACUACGUGGAGGCAAUCUAAGUCUUGUGCUGUGCUCCUCGUCGCCGUCUGCAGAUCAACCCGCCCUCCGUUGUCUCCAUUCUCCACCAGCCCACCGCCAUCGCUCCGUCUGCUCCGUCACUCCUCCCCCUUAGAGAUUCAGAC